CUAGUAAUAGAGAUAAAACAGAUCAUAUAUUAGCUACUGAAAUAGUUAAAGAAUUAGAAGAUAUGGUAAAAGAUAGUGAGCUCAAAGCUGAAAUUACAAUUAUAAAAACAGUAGAAGGAUAG